UAGAAACUCGUGCUUCAUAAAAAGGGUAUGCGUCUAAGGGGGAAUGAAUCUUUAAAUCACCGAGUAAAUAUUUUUCGAUGAGUUAAAUUCAUGAAACGGGCUUCAUUCUAGGCAUUCUAAGCAAAAUUCCCGCUUUCCAGCCAAAUUUAAAAUUUGGAUAGAUCUUCCACUCACCCUGUACGAUUUGCUUGCUGUCACAUCGUGUCACAAUUUUCAUACUGCAAGCAAGUCAUAUACUUUUUGAGUACAUGAAAAGAAAAUAAUUCAUGAUUCAUGAGCAACACGAUGAUAAAGGAAAAGAUUGAUGCCAUUGACGAGGAAGCGGUACCAAGAUAUUCAUCGAUUACAGAUACAGGGAAUUCGCAACCGCGUUUGAGAAAAUGUAUAAGAAAAGGUGACAUAGUGUGCUUUACAGAUGAAGAAAAUAUACAUAUGGUUAAUCGUAAGACCCAGAAGCACAACUCAACGAAAACUACGUUGGAUCCUCAGAAAUCCAUGGAAAGGGUGAGGUCUGGAGAAUCACUUUAUAAAACAUUUACAUUUGCUCAAAGCCUGAAUGAUGAAGACACAGAGAAAUGUAUAGCAUUUUGGAAAAGCGUAAUGGAAAAGCAUUUGGAACCAGUCAAAUGCCAUAUCGUAGAGAACAGAGAAUAUCAACCGGCCGAGAAUUUCAAAGAAGCUACUUAUGAAAAUGAAAAAAAUUGCGAGCCGGAAAAGAAAAACGAAAAGGUUAAUAUUGAAGAUGAAGUAGACGAGAAGUUAAAGUUGGUCCAUAAGGAGUAUAGAAAUAUGUGGGAUAAAGCUAUAAAACAGUUGCAAAAGAAAAAACUAGAUAAGAUAAAGUUGGAUACAAAGUCUCGCUGUCCAAUGUGUCAGACGCUAAAUACUCCAUUCGAAGAAAAUAUAUGUGGGAAUCCUAACUAUACUGAAAAAGAAAUUAAAGAUCUGAACAAGUGGAAAUCUACGUCGAGGAAGAAGACAUAUGCUACUGGAACCUCUGGCAGUAGAUUUGUGUCAAGGAAUCAACAAGAAAAGAAAAUCAGGAACCAGAACAGAUAUCAGUUCUGAAACAAGGAGAGAAACAAAGAAGCAGCUUAGGAAAGACGAUGGAAACGGUUGCUUAACGUCUAUGGUUGAAGGUUGGUUGUUUCUGUGAUGUUACUUCCAGAAAAACUAGUUCACACUACUUGAAUGUAGUGUUACUUUCUUCUUUAUGCUAUAACGUUAGACGCUAAGGCGCUUGAAGUUAACAGUUAUAAUACUUGCAAUAUCGAUACUUAUCUCCAAGAUGGCGGAGAUGCAGAAAAAAAGAAAGAAUAAUUCUAUAUUAGACAACAUCGUGCUGCAAACAGCGGCAGCUAAGGUAGAGCAUCAUACCACAAGUCGCAGAUUUUGAUCGUGGCUAACAUGUCUGCCAUGCUAACUUUAACCAACCCCUCCAAGCUAGAAAGGUUUGACGAAGAUAUGUACGUGGCAUUAUUGGAUUAAGAUAAUGAAGUUGAUCAGCAGCUUUUACCGUCGAAUGCGUGAAUAAUACUAUUAUCGUAUGACAGAUAUGUAUCUUCGCUCAAUAAAGCAGUCUAUUUUA